CAGCAAGCUAAACGGCGUUCGAAUUUCCGCUUGCAAAGCGGACUUUACAUCGACGUGGCUUGGUUGUCGUCACCAGUCGGUCAAAUCCUCGAGCAUGCCCAUCGCUGCGGCGUCCGUGUGGGCACGCUACAUGAAGCAGGAGCGGCAGGCCGCGAUCCCACCGCGCGUCCAAGCCUACUGGCGCUGCCUCUCGGCCACCGAGCGCCAAAGCGUCCUCUUCCUCGACGAAGCCGAGCUCGUCAAGCAGCUGUAUAAGCUCAACUUUAGCCUCCUCUGCGUCGGCCUCGUGCAGCGCCGCCUCAAGAAGAAGAAGGCCGACGAGGCGGGUGGCAGCGACGAGCCAACGUACGAGCUGCUCGAGGCCAUGGAGUUCAUGGACAUUGGCACGGGCAUCAUGACGGUCAAGAACGAGCUCGUCCAGGACGACAAGGUCGACACGCUCUUUGCGCUCGUGCAAGAGAAUCUCCGGGGCUUCCUCGCGCACACGUAUGUGCUCAGCGACGGCGACUUCCAGCAGCUCUUCUUCCGCGACAGCGAGGCCAUUAGCACAUGGGACGAGUACCAGCACUUGGUCGCGAUCCUCCUCGAGCAGCUCAUUCUCAAGAGCUUCGUCGCGUACCUUGAGCGCGAGUCGCUGCGGCAAAUGGAAGCGCUCUUGCUCGAGGAAGACCUCGCCACGUCGUCCUCUUCAACUGCGCCGCCCAUGCACAAGACCAAGAAGAAGAAGAAGCGCAAGAAGGCGGCAUCAGCGACAUCGACGGCGUCCAUCCCACCACUGGCCGUGGCACCCCUUGACGACAGGAUACCGCAAGAUACCGCCGAUACCACGUUGGGUGCUGCGACACUGCCCGUGCCACUGCCGCCCGUCGACGUCCACACAGUCGUGGAUGGCUACGACGCGUCGCCGCCGACGUCAAGUCCAUCCUCGCCGGCGCACGCCGAGCCGUCGAUUUCGCCGACGAAAGCCCGGGCAUCGCGCUUGAACCCCAAGGCCGUGGCGUUCCAGCCCGUGAGUCGACCGGUCGUCCCGCUCAAGCGCAAGUUUGACGCGUUCAUCGUGCAUGUGACGCCGGACGCCGACGACCGCGACUAUGGCAGUGACGUCGAUGACGACGAAGUGUACGAGCGGGAUUUGGAGCUCGACAUGCACCUCUCGGCCAUCUACCAGCGCACGGCCGCGCAGUUUGGCUGGGACUUUGAGCGGCAAGAAGCGCUCGCGCCCGAGUGGCUCCACCCCGAGUUCCUCAUGACGCAGCGCGUUGUGCGGUACUUUUCCGAGCCGCCGUGUGGCAUGUGCAUGCGCGGCUACUGCCACGUCCACCGGUAUAACGUCGCAGCGCCGCCGUCGUCGUACUGGCACCACCCGUCGCCCGUGCGCGAGUACACCCACCCGCACGCCGCUGGGUUCCCGCCGCCCCACGCCAGCAUCGUCUCGUAGCCAACACCGUAGCAGUAGAAUAGCCUCCAUGUAGCAUAUAAAAACAAAGAAGGGAUAUCACACCAGGAU